GCUGUGAUUUGCGUUUGGUUUCUGAGCCUGGAAGAAGAAGUUUACAUCUUUUUAUUUUGGUGGCGGUUCCUUGGUUGUGUGCGUUUUUAGCUUGUUUCCUUUCAUCCUGUGGCACUUAUACUGGAAGUGGGUGAUACUUUGGCAAGACAGGUGCAUUAUGGGACACCCACAUUUCCUCUGCAUUCUCCUGCUGGCUCUCAGCCUGGCGUCUGUCUCAGGCCACCCUGAGGACACUCUGGAAGAAAUAAAUGAUCUUGUGGGCAAUGAUUUUGGCCACAAUUUCCCACGGCAUGGGCUAAAUCUCCUGUACUGGUUCUCCAGUGAGUACAUCACGUUUGAUAACAACGACAACAUGCAACCGGCAACGGACCCCAAACAAGGUGUGUAUGGAUUUCAUAAGUAUCAAAACAGAGAGGACCUCCUCCCUUCAUUGUGCAACCAGAUUGGGUACGAUUACUACACUGUGGGCAACCUGCUCAAGAACGAAAACUUACCACAGGGCGAAAGGCUGCCAAAUUACGUCUUGGAGGAGUUCAGACAGUCUAUGACACUGAAUUCCCGCAAUCAGAGAAACAGGGACCGGAUCAUCGUCAGAAGGACGCCGGACGGCGCUAUCGACCUCGUCUACAUCACACAGCACCACGACAUCAACAGCGACCAUGGAAGCGAGUAUGACCUGAACAACACUUACCGCAUCAGCAAAGACCUCAUCAAGGCUGUACGCAACCUGAUGCGUGAGAGCUUUCUCCAGCAUUUCGCCUAGAGGACCUGGAGCCCCUACAGCUCGUCUCAUCCGCAGAUAUGCUUAGGCAGGUGGCCAUGAAGCACUGAGGAAUUUGAUUCGAUUUGAUUUAUUUGCACUUAUCAUGUAAAAAUUACAAAAUAGAACAAAUACACUUACUUAAAACAAUACAAAGAGGACUAUUGUAAAAAGUGAGAUGUUAAAAUGAGAAACAAUUUGCAAGGUACUGAGUGCGAGGCUUACCCAUUAAGCCAGCAAUAGCUGGCUCAUUUUCAAUGGGGUCCUAGACUGGACUAUUGACAUAACUAAAUAUACAACAAAUAUACAAAUCUGGAUCUCCACAUUUAAAAAUGUCUACAGUACAAAGGCACGCACGCGCGCACACACAUACACAGGGCAUCAACAACCACAGACAACAAGGGUAUUCUCACUUCCUUCCGGUCGAGAGAAUGUCACAUGCAUCUGUGUUGCCGCUUCUCGCCGCUGCUUCUUCUCCUUCGCCCUCCAAGCUCUGUGUGUUUCCUGGUUCUGCCUUUCAUUGUUGGCAAUUGCUAGCUAAUAUACCGUCUAUAUUUUUGCUCUACAAUGCAAAUACAUCUUUUAUACUACUAUUUCCCUAGCCUUCCCCCUCUGUCCAUCACACCCCCUCCUACCACCACUGCACCACUGGUCCCAUUGCAUUUUCUCUAUUGUAUGUGUUUUUAUUGUAUCUUUGUUUCUUUGUCUUUUUUUUUGUAAAAAACGCAAAUCACAGCUUUUUUGUAAAGGGUCUUUGAGACUGUGAAAAGAGCUAUAUAAAAUAAUUUUUUUAUUAUUAUUAUUAUUAUUAUUAUUAUUAUUAAGGGUCACUGGGCAAGAAGAAAGCGCUUUAAAUGAUAUUUAAAUACAUUCAGAGAACUAGCCGAUUUGAUUGAGUCAGGAAGUGCAUUCCAAUCUCGGAUUCCAGUAAAAUAAAAUGAGGUUGAUGCGAUGCCUUUAAUCUUGGGAACAGCAUAAUUGAAUAGACUAUGCCUAGUGAAGUAACUAUGAACAGAAAUAAUUGUGUUACUGUUUUUAAAUCAAAAUUAAAGAUGAAUGAAUUGCAUAAUAAAAGCACGAACACUGAAAACAAGCUUUA